AUGAAUCGAAGCAGUAGUACGAUCCCAUGGGGAUUCACUGUAGCUGGUGGAGAUGCUAUGCCUAUCAAAAUUGCCACUGUUCAAAAAGAAAGCUUGGCGGAUAAAGCUGGACUACAAAUAGGUGACAUGGUGACCGAAUUUUCCGGUCGUUCAACUAAAAGGAUGUCACUUCAGGAGGCUAGAAAUAUUGUUGAAGGAGCUUCAUUCGAAAUUUAUAUGCUUCUACAAAGACAAGUAACAGAGCAUUCAUGUUUACCGUGGCAGUUAAUCGAGAAAAAUAAUCAAAUAACGGUGGAUCAUAUCAAGCCUCAAACUGUCAAUUAUGAUUAUUAUAAGAGUGAACGAAAAGAUGUAUCGCAUUCAACAUCAAAUUAUGAAGUACCGAUCAUGAAUGAAUCAUCCAAAUACCGUACAUCUUCAUACAAUAAGCAUGAGGGAAGUUCUUUGAAUCGUCCACUCAAUCUUAAUUAUCAAUCAGUUGCUCCAUUUACGAAUGUGACAAAUACUGAAUCUCCGUACACUCAAGGAAAACGUUUUCAGAGUAGCUAUAAUACUGAUAGCUAUAGAGCAGAAUCACGCAAUACGAGUGGAUAUGGUUCUGGUAGUAAACCAACAUCAGGUAUGUCACGUAAUGUACCCAUAACGCUUGGUACCUCUACUCCAUCAUCUGCUCCAACCAGUAAUAUGACAACUGGUCGAAAAGAUAGAAUUUAUGGCCCAGUUCACGUCGAUACGAGCAAUGCUUACAGUAAUGUUGGGUAUCCUUCUUCUGGUUCUGGUGAUGGACAUCGUCCAGCAAAAAAUACUUCCACAAAACCAGUACGGCAAGAUGCUGGACCACGAGUACCAUUUCAACAUUCACCGCGCACCGAACGUCAACUGUCCCCGCAUGCAACAGUACGUCAUCUACAAUACAAUUCCCCAAUGAAUUUGUAUUCACCACAUAGUGCUGCUGAACAAUAUAUUCAACAAACUGGUGGACUUUUCGGCACCGAGCCAGCAUUGCAAAGACCGAAAGGUGAUGAAGCUUAUCUAAAGUCCGAAACACGUCGUCUGAUAGCGGAAGAGGAAGGUCAAAGUGCACACGACAAAUCACCAUCAACGCAAAGUGCGAGUUUCAAACGAAUAUCCCGCGCAUGUGGUACUCCAGUUGAUUAA